CAAAUCGAUAACGAACGUUGAUUAGUGAUUUAUCAAAUAUAUUUUUCAGUGGUAAAUAAAAUAAAGAAUUACAAUAUGAAUGCAACAGAAAACAAUGUGGAGAAUUGUAACCCAGAUAAUUCCGCGGAUUCGCCGCCGCCGCCGCCGAGUCGCCGGCGUCGGUCCAGUUUCUUUGAGCGGCGAAGCAUGGUGCCUGAACCGUCUAUGCAUAAUGAUGCUGACGACACUGAAGAUAGAGAAGCGGAUGAGGAGUACCUAAAUCAGUACCACACGCAGUUGCGGAGAGAGAAGGAUGAAUGGAAAAAAGAGGUUAAGAACAGACGAGGCGUUCUACAUGAUGCUGAAUUACAAUUAAAAUUGGCAAAGAAAUCCAAAACCCGAAUCGACUACAGCAUACUAUCAGAUGAAGACGUCAAGUUUCUCGAAGGUAGACCUAACCUGACAGAACUAGUUGACAGUGUAAACCAGCUACAGAAAUCUACGAGGGAGACUUAUGCCCUGUAUCAGAGGGCAAUGGAGCUCGAUGAGGUCGUUUUGAGGGAUGUAGAAGGAAAAGUGGAACGGGUUACGAAACAUUUGCUAGAAAAAAGUAGUAAUGAAGUCGAAUAAUCUUAAUUUUUUAUAUCUAUUUUUUUUUUAAUUAAUAUUUUUUUUUUCUUCCUAUCUGGCUUUUAAUCCCUGCAAUUUUGCACAGGGUGAAUUUGCCAAUGUCGGUUUUUGAAUCACACGUGAGGAGAAUGUUCAGUAUACUUGGGAGGAUGUGGUAAAUUAAUUAAAUUAAAUUUUAACCUUUUCGACGCCGUGUCAAACACAAAGGCUGGUAUUAUGGAUGGUAUAGAAAGGAUGCCAAUCUCUUAUAGCAGAAUUGUUGCACAAGUGACCGCUUUCAGCUUUAAAUAAUAGUUCCUAAUCUCUUCGGUGGCGCUAGUUAGGCUCUGGGACAUGAGUAUAACAUGAAACAUAUAAGGCAACAAAUAACCCGACCAAAUUACGUAGGUUGUUUUUGGUAGUAUUUCGGUGUAUGGUGGCGCCGCCUAAUUACUGUUUUUUGAUGGACACUUUUCAUACAUAGAGAUUUGGCUCCUUUAUAUAGUCUCCAUGGCUGGUAUCCAGACGCCACGUCACCGAGGUGUCAAAACUGAAAUUGAACUUUAAAUAUGCAUGUAGGUCUGUUGCUCUGUGGUCUAUGACCGAUUAAUCGGUCUUUGGCGUUGAAUCUACGGUGCGUAUAUGUGGUAUUUUAUUUCUCCUUGGAUCCAUCAGUAAAAAGCUUAUAAGAUGACUAAGAUGAGCUAUACUUAUUUUCUAAUAGUCUAUAUAAUCUAUUUGGCUUACACUUCGAGCAACGAGGGUUCCCUACUACAGGUACACUACCGCUCAAAAGUAUUUAGGCACCCGCAAUUUUCACCAUACAAUUGUAUACAAAAAAUAUUUUCAAAAUCAUACUGUUCGAUCGCAGGCAAGUGACUUACAUGUUGGAUUGAAUUUUUAUUUAGGUAAAUAUAUUGAGCAUCAAAUUGUUGUCAAGACAUCCUUUAAAAUUUCGGGUUUAGUUUACGCAACGAUAAAAAAAAUCCCUUAUGUACUAGUUCAUACAGAAUAAAACGAUUUUGUACUGGAAAACGAUUUAUGGAUUUUUUUACGCUUGCCAUUUGGUAAAUAGGCGAUGUACACGAAUAUUCUGCACAUCAUUUUGAAGCUCGUUAUGUCUGUUAAAUUAAAAAAGUGAACUCCACAAAAAACUGAUACCCGACUACGACUUAGCGGUAUAAUUCUGAAAGUCGAUUUUGUAUACAAUUGUAUGGAAAAAAUUUCGAGUGCCUAAAUAGUUAUGAGAAGUAGUUUUAUUAUUAUUUAUUUACAUACACACAAAGUGUAGGCAGAGAGAACAUUCGCACUAUUUCCCCUCUGCCGAUUAACAAGAGAAACUUAUCUAGAAAAUCUAGCGCGGGUAAUAAAACUGGCUGCACUAGGGUUUUAGGAUUAAAUUAAACUAGACCUAGUCCAGCUUUGUAAAAUAAAGCUACUACGAACAGAGAUCCCGCCGAGCUUUAUAUGUGACGUUUUCAAGUAAAAGGUACCACAUUGGCGCUUAACAUAAGGACGAAAUUUGCUAGUAUCUUUAUACGAAUAACCUGCCAGAGCGUCCUUAUGGCAAGCAACAAAGUGGUACCUUUUGCUUGAAGACGACACAUAUGCUUACCCUGAAUAUGUUAUGGUUAUGCAAAUACAGUAAUUUGAAUGUUUAAGAUAGGCGGCUGUUUAAUCCCAGUCUCUCAGACUAGAAGGAGGGGAGGGGGGAGGGAAGGAGAGGUUGGCCGGUCGAAAUAAUUAGCAGAUGGCGCCUGCGUAGCUUGCCUUGUCAAUCCCUAGAAUUGUGUCAAUUUUUUAUUUUUUUAAUGCCUUGGAUCAUGGAGACUAUAUAAAGGAGCCAAAUCUCUAUGUAUGAAAAGUGUCCAUCAAAAAACAGUAAUUAGGCGGCGCCACCAUACACCGAAAUACUACCAAAAACAACCCACGUAAUUUGGUCGGGUUAUUUGUUGCCUUAUAUGUCUUAUGUCCCAGAGCCUAACUAGCGCCACCGGAGAGAUUAGGAACUAUUAUUUAAAGCUGAAAGCGGUCACUUUUGCAACAAUUCUGCCAUAAGAGAUGUGCAUCCUUUCUAUACCAUCCAUACCCUGGAUGCCCCAGCCCUUUAAGCCAAAUCUCAUAGAAAAAGGGGCAAGCUAUGAUGGCGCCAUCUCUGCAAACCUUUGACAGUUGCCAACCCCAUUUAAGAGUCACGAAGUUCCCGCCAAAAAUAUUGUUUUGUAUCACAAUUUGUAGCAACACUAGCAACGAAAACUAGUACCUACCAGGCAUAUACAAUACAAAGCCUGCACCAACAAACGUCUCUUUUUGGCCCAGCGGUUGACUGAUAGAGAAUGCCUUAAGGCAUUAAGUCCACCAUUUGUAGACUAGCCAUUUGUAGAUUUGUAGGGAUAAGCUCGCCUUUUGUACCUAAAUUUAUAUGAAUUUCAUGUUAACAAUUUUUGUUUUGUACAAUAAAGUGAUUUA